AUGUUCCAAAUUCUGACACCACCAUCCAAGAUUGCAGUCCAGCAGAAACAAGCAACAGUAACAGUACAAAGUGAUAAAACCCACAUGAAAGAGGAAACAUAUAAAAAGUUACAACAAAACAGUGAACAGCAAUUCUUGGAGAGAUAUCAAAUACCAUCCUUUGGAGAAUAUGCUU